GAAAACGUGGAUUUUCGACCUGGAUUUUGGUAUUACGAUUUACCCGAGGUGCGUGCCCCUGCGCCGUCUCAUCUACUUAUCUGCUUCGAGGCCAGCCUGCUGGUUGGCAAACUUCCCUUUCGCCUGCUUUACCUAGGGUUAAAGGUGCGCUGGCCCCUUACCACCAAAAACUCUUUCUGGACUAGGGUCCGGAUCCGCGAAGUUGCAACCUGAGAGAAUGAGCCGCAUUUGUGCUUGAUCCUCCCCCCGCAAACAUCUCCAGGAUCGACGUUGUGGUCAACUGCUGCUGAUUCAUGGCGAUGCCCAUAUCAUCAAAUGUAUCCUGUGACAAUCUAGCGCUAUGUCGCGCGAUUCGAAAGUCCACUCCAGAUCCGACACGGCCAUCACACACGCCUCUGGAUUCGGAGAUGUGAACGAUGUUGCCAUCCUCGAACGAAGAUUCCACAUUUGGGGCUUACGACGUCGCACAAGCGAUCCUAUCGAUGAUGUACGAGGCCCCCUGGGGCUACACUUGUUGCAUUUGGCGGCAGAGCCUUUGGUGGACUUCAUUUUUGUCCAUGGCCUACGAGGUGGCUCCAUCAAGACGUGGAGGAAGGGCACUGAUCCGAAACAAUUCUGGCCCAAGAAUUGGCUGCCUCUCGAACCAGCUUUCAGGAACGCCAGCAUCCACACCUUCGGAUACAAUGCGGAUUGGGGGGAUACCAAGGACAGUUUCUUGAACGUGCACGACUUUGGGAGGACUUUACUGGCCGAAAUGAAGAUUUCGCCCCAUAUCCGAUCUGGCGGACGGAAUCCUAUUGUGUUAAUUGGUCACUCGAUGGGAGGCCUGGUGAUCAAGAAGGCUUAUAUUCUUGCCCGCCAAGACCUUGCGAAUCAGGACUUUGCGCAACGGAUUCGUUGCAUAUUUUUCUUAGCAACACCCCACCGCGGAUCUGACUCGGCACAACUUCUCAACAACAUCCUGAGAGCGUCAGGGGCUCUGUCUGGCAGGCAAUAUAUCACCGAUCUUGAGAAGAAUUCCAUCUCCACGCAAACGGUCAACGAUGAAUUUCGGAAUUUUGCUGACGAGCUUAUGCUAUAUUCAUUCUACGAAACGACAAAAACGAAUCUCGGGGUUUCAUCGGCCAUGAUUGUCGAGCGGGACUCUGCGGUUUUGGGCUACAAACAUGAGCAAGUGCAAUACCUGAACGCAAACCACAGGGAUGUUUGCAAGUAUGAAAGUCCACUAGAUCCCAACUACAUUACAGUGAAAAAUGCACUUGCGACUGCCAUCGAUGAACUUUCCAGAGUCGAUCAUGCGUCCAAAAGCGAAAUUUUCAGGGCACAAAUGAAAGUAGUUCAGGCAUAUCUCGACAUAUACGAGAAACCAGAUGACGAUUUGGACAUUGCGGUCAAGGGAACUUGUGAGUGGAUUGAUGUCAAAGAAGACUUCGAGGAGUGGCGUGAUGCUUUCCCAGACCCUCUCAGCGGCAAAGCCGACCACAAUUCUCGGUAUUAUUGGAUCAGCGCAAAGCCUGCCAACGGAAAAUCUGUUCUGGCCGGCCACGUGAUUACACACCUGCAACAGCUUGGGCUUGACUGCUCUUAUUAUUUUUUUCAUCACGGCAAUAAGUCUUACCAAAAGCUUAAUGGGCUGCUUCGGUCUUUGGCUUAUCAAAUGGCCGUCUCGAACGCAGUCGUCAGACAGAAACUCCUUGAGUUGGUGGAUGAUGGAGUCCAACUUGACAAAGAUGAUGAGCGAGCAAUUUGGCGGAAGUUAUAUGCUAACGGCAUCUUGAAGGCUGAAAUUUAUAGACCACAGUACUGGGUCAUUGAUGCCUUGGACGAGUGCAUAAAUUACCCUGCGCUCUUUCCAUUCUUGACCAAACUGGAGUCAGCUUUUCCGUUGCGCAUUUUCCUCACCAGCAGGAUCCAACCAGAUAUAGAGAAGCAAUUCGCCCGAUUGGGCCACGAUGUAAUUGCGGCAGAAAUAUCGCCUCAGGAUAUCUCUCAAGACAUUGAGCUCUACCUAGAAUCAAAAAUUGACGACUUGCCAGUAGACAGCAGCACUGAGCGACAAGAGCUAGCAAAGAGAAUUCUGUCUAAAUCUGGCGGCUGCUUUCUAUGGGUACGACUCGUCCUUCAAGUUCUCGAGCAUAUUUAUGAUGAGACGACCAUCGAAACCGUUCUGGAGGAAAUGCCCGAAGAGAUGACUGAAUUCUAUGACAGAACUGUUGAGCUCAUGUCAAAAACCAUGCGCGAAAAGGAUAUCGCAAAGGCUAUUCUCCGAUGGUCCGUUGUAUGCACGCGGCCACUAAAAACGCCGGAGUUCGAACAAGCCCUGCACCUUGAUAUUGGAGCGAAUGUGCGAAGCAUUGAGAAGUCAAUUGAAGGUCUAUGUGGUCAACUGGUAUUUGUGGACAAGAACAAAUCGGUUCAAAUGGUUCACCAAACCGCAAGAGACUAUCUUUUUAGAAAUCAACAUUCAGAAUUUUGGAUCGAUCUGGGAGUUGAACACGAAAAAGCAGCGACUGCAUGUUUGAAAUUCCUUUGCAGCGAUGAAAUGAAGCCCCCUAGGAAUCGAAGACAAUUGAGCACUCAAACUGCUAAACAUUCAGCUCUCUGCGACUAUGCCUGCACCUCAUUCUCCGAACACAUUUUUGCGGCACACUCUGAGAAAGACGAUAUCCUCAUGUUACUAGAGCGCUUUUUGAGAACAAAUGUUCUGACAUGGAUCGAGCAUAUCUUGCGGAAAGGUAGUUUAUACUACCUUACUCGAACAGCGAAAAACCUCAAAGCUUAUCUUGAAAGGCGGGCAAAAUAUUUAUCACCACUAGGCUCUCAAGUCCGGACGGUUGAGGAGUGGGCGACAGAUCUUAUCAGACUUGUGGCCAAAUUUGGAGCCGCCAUGCUCAGCGACCCAACAUCCAUCUACUUCUUAAUUCCGCCCCUUUGCCCAACGGAUUCGGCAAUUUACAGAUACUCAGCAAAGUCGCCGGACGGCUUGGUUUUGACCGGUAUUACGAAUAUCAACUGGGAGGACUGCAUCUCGUGUAUUGAUUUUGAUACAAGCAGAGCCACUGCACUCGCUUGCGGAGAAAACGUCUUCGCCAUUGGAAUGCGAUCAGGAAACAUCACAUUGUAUAACCAAACAACUUUCCAAGCGGAGCGAACAUUCCAGCAUGUGGAGCCUGUCAAGAUCUUGAAAUUCGAUAAUUCUUGCAAGCGCUUUGUGUCGGCAGGCUGGAAGAUGAUCAAGCUAUGGGACAGAACUGGGUCGCAGGUCUGGUCUCAGUGUCUUGCGUCACCUUGCAUAGCUGUCGCGUUCGAUACCAAGCAUGUGGCUGGUGUUUCAAAGGCUUCCCACGUUACCUUCUGGGCCCUUCUGGAUGGGGCAGUCAAAAGUGAUCACUUUUACCGGUACCGAGAACCCGAUCAUGUUAAUUCCAAUGCUCGUCAGAGGGCACCUUUAGCCGCUGCCUUCUCUAACAACCUUGAAAUCCUUGCACUUGGAUACCGUAGUCAGUAUGUUUGUUUAUGGGAUCUCAGCAAUCAGGACUUCAUCGGAUGCUGUUCACGGCCUGCUGACGACGGAAGCGAGACAGUUGGUUUAUGCGUUGGCACAGUUCACUUCAAUCCAAACCCUGAUGUGAACCUACUCGCCGUUGGCUAUCAAGAUGGAGACUUGGCUAUCUUCGAACCUUGGUCUAGGGAAUUGGUUACUGUUGUUGAAGCAAAUGCAUUGUCUCUUGCAUCUUCACCUGAUGGCCGUACACUGGCUGCAGGUGAUUCUUGUGGGACGGUACAAAUCUGGGAUUUCGAAACACUAACGCUGCUCUAUCGGAUCAAGUCGUUUGACUUCGAGGUAAAGGGCCUUGCGUUCAGUGGAGAUGGCCUGCGGUUAGUCGACAUUCGAGAUUCGCGGUCCAAGGUAUGGGAACCCCCCGUCCUCGUACGCAAGACUGUGGAGGAAGAUGUGAGUGUUAGCGAUGCAGCUGCAACACCUGCAAUCACUGUCGGGCUCGACUAUUUCAACGAGAUCUUGAACAUUACAGCCCUGGCAGCUCACCCUAAUUUGCCUGUACUCUUUGCUGGAAAGAGCAAUGGCUGCGUCGCCGUCUAUGACUCCAUGACAGGAAAAGAGACAGCCCUUCUAUACUCGCACCCUAAAGAUGUGUUUAUCACCACAAUAGCUUCCUGCAAGAACAAUGUUGUGGCAUCCGCAGAUGCAGGUGGAACAGUUCAAGUCUGGGAACUCGAAAGGUCGACCAAAGGUUGCUGGAGUACUCGGUCCCAAAUCCUGGCCACCUCCCCGAAGCAGUCUAUCAAGCAACUAGUGUUUAGCCAGGAAGGGCAGCACUUGUUAGUUUCUGCUGCUAGCUCAGCGGCCGUGUGGUCGACACGUACUGGCGAUGUAGUUUGGUCAACCGAAUUCGUCCCUAGCGAACGAACUGUGUGGAAAUGGCUCUCGACUUCAGGUCCCGAAUCCGAACUGCUACUUAUCAUCGACAACAGAAUCGAGAGGCACAGUUGGUCCGCAUUUCCUACAGCAACCAGCCCACCGUCCUUUCCUUUCUCCUACGACGAAACGCUCAAAUCAGAUGAGAUCGAGAUCCAGAAUGCCUUUUUCGAAGCCAAAAGCCGGCAUCUCAUUGUCGAUUUCCGCAAACACUACGGGAACAAAGCAACCGCUAAGCUUCUUGUUUUCGAUUACUCCUCAUCGCCAGCCUCUUCAGAUGGUUUGCAGCCCAAUACCGAUUACUCUCCCUUGGGGGAGAAGGUCAAAUACUUUAUCGGCGUCAUCAGGUCGCGUCUUGCUUUUAUUGAUAAAGAUUCUUGGCUGUCGAGCGUGGAUCUAGUUUCUUAUUCGGGGAAGGAGUAUAUACGCCAUUUUUACGUCCCUCACGAAGUCGUGAAUGGGAAUACUGGUGUCCUGGGUGUGUUGACAGCAGCUGGCGAUAUCGCGUUUGCCAGAGAGGGAGAGGUAGCGGUGGUGAGGAAUGGGAUGAAGUUUCAUGCUGUUAUUGAGAUUACCUGAUGACAAUCUAUAUGAAUGAUGCGGAACUAGAAUGUACAUGUACGAUUGGAUAGGACAUUGCAAGCAUUUUGAGAUUGGCGUUCUCUAAUAGUCGGAGUUCAUCCUGACAAACAGUGGAUUCCGGCGUUGGAUGGUUCUUGGAUGUCAUAUUUUACUAUUCUUAUAAUUACUUCACCGAUCACUCGUCCAGUGGGUACUAUUAAAGGCUCACGUUUCUAAAUUCUAUGCCACUUGCGUGUGAAAAUCCUUCCAGACCAGGCUCAGUAAAUGUCACGUGACCAUUGGAUUGUGUAUAUAUCUUCUAUUUC